GAAGAAGACAUGGACUGAUGACGUAACGACCCAAGAUGGCGAAAAAACUGCAUAGGAAGUCUGCAUCGUCCUCAAAUAAAUUAAAUAGUGCAAACAUGACGGAUGAUUUUCAAUUACAUCUCGACUCAAGCGACGACGAUGCUCCAGAAGAGGUGACCUUCGAAGAUUCAAAGGCUUCCGCUCUACGGAACAUGAAAGAUGCGUUGGAGACAGCCAAAAGAGAAAAGGAUUUUCUCAAAGAAAAACGAAGGAAGAGACAGGAGCUGUUUCAAGAACAGAAGAAAAGAAGUCUUCUCCCUGCAGACAUUCUAGAAGAAAUUGACACAGCUCCAUCAAAAAAACAGAAGUUACCUGGAGCUCAAGCUGAAAGCAACAAUGAAGAGGCAAGCUGUUCAGGGGAGGAGGGGAGCGAAGGAUCGGAACAAGAGAAGGAGACGAAAGGAUUCAAGGGAAAUAUCCGGAGUCUGAAGGGGAACUACAGCAUAAUGAGGGUGGCGGACCAAUCUUCAGCCAACUCCCAACAGCAGACAGCCAUGGAUUUCAUACAGGCCAGACUGUAUGGCCCGGGAAGUCAGAGGACGACAAGCAAUCAACUUCUCUCCCUUCAAAAUAAGAGAGGCCAAAAUAAAAGUGCGGCCGUGCAGUUUGUGAAUAAGAAAUGGGGCACAGAGAAGAAGGCAAAAGCGGAGAAGUUGAAGAAGCAAUGGAUUCACAAACAGAAGGUUCCCUCAAGCUGAGCAAAUGGGGAAAUAUGGGGUGGACACCAAUCGGGUAAUCUCCCUUUCACUCUGCCCUGAUAUGAAAGCUCUGGAUAGGUUGAAUAUUUGUGGUUAUAUAUUAAACUAGCCUUCUGGUUUGGGCCAAUGUUGGUUCCGUCACUUUGCUUUCACCUAUCCAGACCAUUCAGAAGCCGGAUCAAGCAUCUGAGAGUAGGAGUGCUGAUCAUGUAAUUUGAGUCAUUGUGAUGUAAAAGGCAAAACUGAUCCUGAAUCAGCACACCUACUCUGAUACAUAUGGCCACCGAUCUCAGAGUUAAGUAAAUCCGUUUUUAUAUAUUUUUGCACCUCAUGUGGAAUGAUCUCAAACUCCUUAAAGUUGGAGCCUCUAGGGCAGUUCAGGUGGAUGUUAGAGGGCCUUUUUACUGAAGAAUGUGUUUGUUUCAUAUGAUUGUGUUUUGCUUUUCAUGUAUGUGUGUGUGUGUAUAUAUAUAUAUACACACACACACUGAAUAAAAAUAUAAUUGCA